GGCUGCUUGUGUAUUCAGAUGAGAGUUCUGUCCCCUACACAUGUGAACUUGACUUUCCUACCAUUUCACAUCUUGGGGGAUAUAAGAAACGUGUUUCCCUAAUCAUGGGUGAAACAGAGCAGAGACCAACAGCAGGAUCCCGGUUAGGAGCUCAGGAAAAUGCUGGGAUCAGUACGUUGGAGCAUGGACAGAAACCACCUAUGACACCUCCAGGAAAACUCGUCUCCAUCAAAAUUCAGAUGCUGGAUGACACACAAGAAACUUUUGACAUUCCGCAAAGAGCUCCAGGGAAAGUUUUGCAUGAUGCUGUUUGCAACCACCUGAACCUUGUAGAAGGCGACUAUUUUGGCCUUGAAUUUCCAGAUCAUAAAAAGAUGAUG